AACAGCAGGUCUCUGUCAAGUCAUUCUGAUACCAUUGCAUUGGACGAAAUAUUUCUGCAAAUAUUUCAAUGCGUUGAAAAUAAAUGGAAAAUUAGUUCAAUUUCCAAGUGGAUUAAGUGUUGUUCGCGCAACGUUUGAUACGUAAAAAUAUCAAGAUGGAUGACAAUAAGCACAGGAUUCAAUGCCAAAAUAAGAAACUUUCGAUCCCGCUGAGGCUGAGCAAUUUAAAUGUAAAUUGCUUAAACGAGUUGUUUCAGUACUUAAACAUCAGUGACUUAAUCCUUUUGUCGAUGGCCAAUCUCACUAAUCACAAGAAUCUAGACCGGGCAUUCACAGCUGAAACUAAGGUCACAACGCAUCCAUAUGAAGCAUGUAUACGAGAUCGUUUCCUGCAACUUAACUACUCCAAUAAUAACGUUACGAACAAUCCGGAUUGCAUUUUGUUCGAAAAGAUCGUUUUCCAUUAUUUUGGUACACUAAUAUCGAAGGUACGGCUGUAUUACGAUAUCAAUUACCAACGCUGCAACGCUAAUAUUGAGCAAGUCGUCAUGGAAUAUGGAUCGGCGUUAUCUGAAAUUGGAUUGAUCAAUGCGGAUAUUAGUGCUUUCGAGAACAUUAGUGAACCCUUUCAGAAUGUGACGAAAUUGAAAUUUGAUAACGGUUGGCUGGGUCCAACGUUCAUUGAACUUUCCAAAUGGUUUCCUAAUUUGAAAUGUUUAUCGCUGAAUGAAACUCAGUUGUCCGAUGUUAGAUUCAUCCGACAAGAAAAUCCGAAUUUGAUAGAGCUUUCGUUGAAAAACAAGUGUUUGUGUGAAUGCUGUCGCAUGAACCCUAACGUUUUAGCUGACAAUGUUCUUCACUAUACAAUAGGUAAUUUAAAUUUGAAACAAAUACUGGCUUUGGUGCCGAACUUGAAGCGCCUGUCUCUUUGUCAUGACAAAGAGAAUACAAUUUUUGAACAGGACAGGAAGCCUUAUCACUUUUUGAUUCAAAUAGAUUUCGAUUUAUUGCUUUUCAUUACUAAUUCGUUGAUGCAAUUAUGCUACCUUAAGUUGAACAUAAUAGAACUGUCUUUGUUCCGUACACCAACAUGUCAAGUAGCAUUCAAUGAAUUGAAAACGCUGGUAAUUGAAACAUCCAACACGAAUCAGUUGACACAAUUGAAUAUUACGGCUGAUGAACUAAAUCAUCUCGAAAUAAUUGUCCACUCGUUCAUUCAAGACGUGAAACUACUGGCUAAUUUCGUUGUCCGUUUUGAACGUAUCGAAUAUUUAUCGAUAGGACACCAUCCAGUCGAUCUAAAAGACGAUGACUUUAUUCAUAUGAUUAACAGUUUGAUGAAACUGAAAGCCUUUCAAGUUGCUUUAUAUAAAAAUAAGUUCACAGAUGAUUUGGUCUACAUUAUCGAGAAAUUCAAACGUUUGCAUACUGUCCUGGUCAGUUGUAUCGAAGUAGCACCGACGGAUCGGGAAUUAUUUCUAGAAUUUGUCAACGAAAACAACAUGUUGAAACGAAAAAAUUGGAGCGGAUCCUGUAUUUUCGAUGGUUUUGAAUUCAAAAAAACUGCCUAAAUUAAAGUAGAAAGCUGAAUGUUUUGCUAGUUCAAUCACUGGAACAAUCCAUACCUCAUUUUAUGUUGCUAUUUUUCAUGGAAAUUAAUG